GUUUUUUUCAUGCUUUUCCAUUCUGUCUCACAGUGACUGAGCUCUGCCCAUCACCCCUCAGCUGUCUCUACAAGAAGCAAGAUAAACAAACGUCAAAGGCUCCUUCAGCAGAUUUUAGAUCAUCAGCCCAUCAUGAACUCCAGACUAAGCAGGAGCCAGGAGAGAAUUAUCUGCUCUGAGCUGGGGAAUGUCAAACUGAAGCUGCUCUAUAAAGCCACGGUCCACGGCUUUACUGGUGCUGCCUUCCACCAGCGAUGUGACAGCCUGUCACCCACUGUGUCUGUGGGCUAUAAUGUCUCUGGUUACGUGUUUGGAGGCUACGCCAAGCAACCUUUUAGUCAGUCUGGGCAGUAUGUGAAUGAUGACCAGGCUUUUCUUUUUGAUUUGACUGGUGGAAAACUCAAAAAAUAUCCAGUUACGAGUGCUGCACACGCCAUCAGAAUGAUUGCCAACUGUGGUCCUUAUUUUGGAGAAUCCUUAGUUCUUGUUAGCGCAAGCCUACCAGUGACUUUCAGCAAUCCAAAAAGUUAUUACAACUUCAAUCCUGCAGAGAUGCACGGCAAUGACCUAAAUCUAAUUGAAUGUGAAGUUUACCUGGUGGAAGAAUGUACUGAAUUUGAGACACCAUGGAGGAAUGUAAUUUGGGAAUCUGAGACAAGGACAGAGCUGAUGGAGAGCAUCAGAAAGUACAAGCCCCCUGUCCGUUCUGUGUCCCAGGCUCGGGUUUUACUCAUUGGACAAGUUGGAGCUGGAAAAUCCAGCUUCUUCAACUCCAUCAACUCUGUAUUCAGAGGCCAUGUCACCAACCAGGCCAUGUCUGGCUCUUCCGCCACCAGCCUCACCACUCAAUUUCGAACCUACUCUCUGAAAGAUGGACGAGGAGGCAAACCUCUACCAAUCAUCCUGUGUGACACCAUGGGACUGGAGGACGGCAAAGGGGCGGGACUUGAUGUGGAUGACAUCGCCAGCAUUCUUGAAGGACAUAUCCUGGAUCAUUACCAGUUCAACCCUUCCGCUCCGCUGCGUGCUGAGGUUCACGGCUAUCGCAAGUCUCCAGAUCUCAAAGACAAGGUCCACUGUUUGACCUACAUCUUAGAUGCUUCCAAGGUCUCCAUAAUGCCCGCAAGACUGGCAGAAAAGCUGGAAGCCAUCCGCAAAAAGGCCAACUUGCUGGGUGUUCCUCAGAUGGUUGUCCUGACUAAAGUCGACGAAGCCUGCCCCUUAGUGGAGGAGAGUCUGACAAGCAUUUAUCAUAGUAUCUACAUUAAGAAGAUAAUACAGGAGGCCAGCUCCAAGCUUGGUAUACCAGUGUCCUGCAUUGUACCAGUGAGAAACUACACCGAGGAGCUGGAUUUGGAUCUGAACACGGACAUCCUGCUGCUCAGCGCCGUCAUCCAGAUGCUCCGCUUUGCUGAUAACUUCUUUGAUGAUGUCAGCGACCAACUGGGCAACCUUAAAACAACGGAAUAAGGGUUUAUGAUGAUGAUAAAUGGGGUUUAUAGCAGCAGAGUUCAAUGUUCUUCAUAUUAUCAGAAAGUUGAGGGAGCGUUUAUACAAAGUUUUAUUGGAAAUUUGGUUAUUGUUAGCUCAAUUAAAACAAAUUGUCUUCCAUUAAUAUAUUUUCAUCAGAUUAAUGAAAAAACUAAAACAAACAUGUGAUACUAACUGUGAUGGCCAAACCCAUGGCCACACCUUAAAAAUCGGUACCACACAUGCACCUUCACUUUUUCAUCUACCAAUUGGUAUUCGUACACUUUAGUUUGCAACAAAACUUUAUUCUUAGUUUAAGUACAUGCUCUAUUUGUAAGCACACAUAUUUAGUUCAUCUCUAUUUGUUCACUGGAUUGCGGAUAGGCCCGAAAACCUGAAGUCACUGGCCGCCAUCUUGCUACUCCCGUUCUCUCACAGAUUCCCAUAGGAUUUGGCUGCAACAACAAAGCAGUUUUCUGGCUGUGGGAAAA